AUGUACAAACUUCUUUCCAAAACUGCAAUUGCACGCCAAGCUACUGCUAGAUUGGCUAGAGCCUACUCCACCAAUGCAUCUGCAUCAUCGUCAAAACUCAACGCAAAAUUGGUUGCUGGCACUGCCGUGCCAAUUGCGGUUGUUGUUGGAUAUAUGAGUUACUCAAACUCGAUAAACAAUGAGACGGUUCUUGGAGUUGCUGAUAAGAUUAGAAAGGAAUUUGAGGAAGGUGAUGCAUUGAGUAAAGAGCAACAGGAGAAAUUCGGUGACGAACAACAGAGGUUGAGAACCGAAAAGGAGGAUAAAGAGAUUGCUAAAAUUGAAAAGCAGAAGAGUAUAAACACCAAGAAUGCCGGUGCUCUUGAUAGCAAAGAUCCAGCUUCGGAUUCAAAAACCAGAGAUGUUGCCUCAGAUAAAUUGGAUGAUGAUACAAGCAGACAUGAAGCUAGUGACCCAAAGAAUGUAGAGAAAUCAAAGGAAAUUAGACAAGAUCUCAAGGAAAACUUUCAUCCUGAGGGCAAGGCUCAAAAGAAACCUACGAAGAACGAGGGUGACAGCGGGGAAACCGCAUACAACCCUGAAACUGGUGAAAUCAACUGGGACUGUCCAUGUUUAGGUGGUAUGGCACAGGGCUCCUGCGGUGAAGAGUUUAAGGAUGCAUUUUCGUGUUUUGUGUUUUCUGAUGCAGAACCAAAGGGAAUUGAUUGUAUCAAAAAGUUUGAAACUAUGAGAACAUGUUUCAAGAAACAUCCAGAGGAGUAUAAAGAGGAAUUGUACAAUGGGGAUGAAGAAAACAGUACCGAGGUUGUAGAGCAUGUUGUUUUGGAAGUGGCUGAACCAGCAGUUAAGGAAAUUGAGGAUGGUCUUGAUUCAGGAAAACUCAAAGCCAAGAAGUAA